AUGCUCGGAGAAGCUGGUGCCGGCGAGAUCUUUGUGGCGGACGGCGUGGGGAAGGUCAAAAGACGCACAGUCUCGAGGAAAGCUGCGUCCAAGCGAGGCAAGAAAAUGGCCAAGGGUCAAACAACGGCGAAGGGGGGCAAAACGGACAGCAAUAGUUCCGAUGAAAACCAGGACGACUCAGCGAGAAAGCGCAAGUCAUCGGAGAAAAAGCCGUGGCAAAGGUCAACAGGAAGAUCAAGGUCGAUGACAGUCGUGGAUGUGGCCAUGGCUGCGAUGCAAAAGAAGCGUGAAGCCAGGCUGAAGGCAAGGGCCAUGCUGAAGGACGCCAGAGGUCUUAUUUUGAAAGGACGCAUGAACCGCGCCCAUGCAGCACUCUGCGAGGCAGUAGCUUGCAACGAAGCACCACAUCUGCUGGUCAUCCUGAGCGAGUUGAGGGCGCGUGUUCGCGCCGCCCUGGGCCUGUGGGAUGAAGCUGGCGAAGACGUGCGUGUGGCGCUGAAGGGGUUGGAGCAGGGAGAAGGUGUCGGCGUCGACGACGUGGAUUCAGAUGAGGAGCGUACGGAGAUUCAGUGGCUGCAGGAUACGGGACAAUUUGCCGCCGCUGUUCUUGCCGCCCGGGAGAUGGACGCACAAGUGAAGAGACACAUCCACGACCAACACCUACAGGGUGGGGGGGGAGGGGAUCAGGAAAUAGCGGGAGAAAGCCGCGGCGGUGAUGGCGAACCAAACCUGGGCUCCAUCCUGUUUCAAGACGUACAGAGUGAGGACGAUGACCAGGGAGAGACCUACGAGGCUGCGGUAUGGGCAAAGGUGGCUAUCGCGGACUUGGCCACGCGAAACAUGGGGCAGCGACAUGAAAAAGACAAAAAAACAAAGGGGACUACUGGUGGUGGGACUGGUGGUGCUUUUGGAGAAAGGCAAGCGUCCUUACGCAAUAAAGCGAAGAGGGCGAAGAGAAAGAGGGCUGUUCAGGGCGGCAAACCGGGCGGAGGAAACGAUAACGGCGCUGAGGACGGCGCUGCUACUCACGAGACGCCGGACGCUGAAAACAAGGCCCCGUCGGCCGCCGCGGUUGCGAUGUCCAGCCUCACCACCUCAGUAAAACAUGUCGUCAUCGAUACCGGCGACGGUGACAAACAACAAGAUGAUAGUAGUGGUGGUCAACCUACAACCGUGGGUUUAUCGGAUGUGGGGACACAUAAGACCCACACGGAAGAACAGGGAGAGCAGACGGCAUCCGCGGUGAAGCCGGCGACGACUGUAGUGGCGGCUGCUGCCGCCGAAACUACCGACUCUGCUUCUCCCACAAAGCCCCACCAUCAAGGGCAACAGCCGGAACAACGCUGUCUUGAGGCGGCUGAGCACGCUAGAAGCGGAGGUGAAAAGGGUGACAACACUCCACCUGCAAGCGGUGGCCACGACCAAGUCUGCGACGCCGAGGGUGAGGAGCAGACGACAGAGGAGAAAAAAGGGAAGACGCAUGUUACAAAACAAUCGACGAAGGUCGGGGCUGUGGCUGCUGCGGGGAGCGACGGCUCCAUGCCCGUCAUUGAUUCGGCAGUGGAUGGUGGGCACGGAGAUAUCGCCCAGCCUAAAACCGAUGGCGGUCCUCAAAAGAAGCACGCGAUGGGUGACGAAGAUGGUCUCGGCAAUGCCAGAUUAGACAAGGAACACAAUAAAGAGGGUGAGGGUGAGGGGACGGGCGAGGAGUCUGACAAUUCGAUAGACCUUGAACGACCGCAGGGGAAAGAACACGACGAUGGGAAAGGGGGUGAACAACGGACGACCGAAGGGGAAAAUGACCACACAAACGUGGUUGGAAAAGAACAAGAGUUUGCCGUAAUGGAGGAAGAGACAGAGGGAGAAGAGACGGAGGAAGAAGAGUCAGAGGAGGAGGAGGAGGAGAGGGAGGAGGAGGAGGAGGACGCCGAGAGACUCGCCAAGACAGACGAAGACAACCGUUGUAAUCUUGAGGCGGCCAUAGAUUCGCUACAGCUCUUACUGGGAGACGAACGGAUGGCGUGGCGAGCCGAUGUCCGCACUCCUCGGGUUCUCGCAACCGCUAUCGAGAAGCUCGCCGACCUAUCUCAGCGCCCUGCCAAUGAUGAUAGAGCAGACAAAACGAUGGAUCUACCAGGUACUCGUGGUGGUGCUGGUGCUGCCACCGAGGGGCAACCCAUAAAAAAACGACCGUCGACGAGGCAGGAGAUUCUUCAGAGCGGCGAAGAGAGUUUGAGAGGCGUGUUCGCCGUGCUAGAAGGCAAACUAUCUAGCUUGGUCGCCGAGUGGAAACCACGUUGGAAGAGCCACUGCCAAGCGAAGAACAUCCCUAUCAGAAGAGAAGGAGGGGGGGGCGUCGGUGGGGGGUGGAACAAAAUGAGAGCGAAGAUGAAGCGCGGUGGCAAGGGCGGCAGCAGAAGGAGUUUGCCUGAUGUGGUGCACGGAAUCCUGGUCUCCGCUGCAGAAGCUGGGGUCGAUAUCGAGAAGAUGGGGUUGGAGUUGGUGGAACCAACAGCGGCGAAACAUCAAGACCCGGGAGCAACCACGGCGGAGGAACGACCAACUACACCAAGAAGAAGCCAUGGAUGA